AUGAAUGGUGCCAAAGACGAUAAAGGCAAAGUGGACAACAACCCCUGGUCGCUCGGCUCCAAGGAUCCUCUAAAAGGCUCAGUCGGGUUCGAUUUCGGUGGCUUCAGUGAUCCCCCACCGGCCGAUAACGCUGCUCCUGCGGAGGAGCCAAAAGUCGAGGAUGAUGACUGGGGUGGUCUUACUGUCACCAGCAAGAAGGACAAGAAGAAGAAAAAGAAGGGCCUUUUGGAAGAAGAACCCCCGAAGGAACCUGAACCUGAGCCAAUUCCACCCCCCGAGCCGGAGCCUGUACCCGAACCCGAGCCAGCAGCGGACAUGGCGGGACUCUCCAAGAAAGAAAAGCGAAAAGCAAAGAAGGGGAAAGCUGCAGAUGAUCUACCGGCGCCUGCGCCAGUUGUAGAGGAGCCUAAAAAUGACGAUACUUGGGCAGAAAUUGACACGAAAAAGGAGCCGGAGCCGGAGAUUGCAGAUGAUAAUGAUUGGGACUGGGGCGCGUCGAUCAAAAAGAAGGACAAGAAGAAGAAGAACGCAAUUCUUGAGGAGCCGGUGAUAGAGGAUCCUCCACCGGCUCCGGAACCGCCACCGGAGCCCGUCGCCGAAGAAAAGAAAGAAGACGACGAUUGGGGCGGAUGGGGUGUGCCAGCUAAGAAGGACAAGAAGAAGAAGAAAGGAAAGCUGAUUGAGCCUGAGCCCGAGCCUGAACCUGUCCCAGAACCCGAACCCGUACCUGUUGUGGAACCGGAGCCUGAGCCAGAGCCAGAGCCAGAGCCUGAACCAGAGGUCCCUACGCUGCCUGAUGACCCUCUUUAUAAUAAUUGGGACAAGUUGCCUUCCAAGGACCGGAAGAAGCGAGAGAAGUCGCUGAAAAAGAAGGGUCUUCCCAUACCAGGUAUAGAUAUUCUAAUUCCUCCGCCUCCGCCUCCAGCGCCCGUGGAACCCGAGGAACCCAAGCAGGAGGAACCGGUCCCAGAGCCGGAGCCUGUGGUGGAGCCUGAACCUGAACCAGAGCCAGAGCCAAUUCCGGAAGUGGUCCCUGAGCCGGUCAUAGAGCCAGAGCCGCCUGUCGAGGAAGAUAGCUGGGGAAUCUGGGGCCCAUCGAAAGACAAGAAGAAGUCAAAGAAGAGCAAAAUCGCCGAGGAACCUCCACCACCUGCACCAACUCCGCCCUCCCUAGGAUUGGAUCACGAUAUCGAUGCGUUCGCUAUUGAAGAUGUCCCUGAGGAGCCCAUGCUGGAUGAUCCCCCUCCUAAACCCUCGAAGAAGAAAGCAGAAGAACCUGCCGCGAAGGCCACCAAGGGAUUCUGGUCCGCCUUUGGAGCCGCAACCUUAGGGAAACCCAAGGCCACGAAGAAGAAAUCCGAGGAAAAGCCCAAGGUGGUUGAGGAACCGAAGGAGCCCGAGCCUGCCCCGGCGGACGCUGAUUUGCUCCUCGAUGUCGGUGAUGAGCCUGAGGAACCCGCGGCGCCUGACGCGCCUGAUGCGCCUAUAGUAGAAGAGCCACUCCCGCCAGCCGCGCCGCCAGCGAAGACACCUGUUGUCAGCUCCAAGUCCAAGUCAUCAGCCAAGCUGUCCGUUGCUGAGCGCAUCAAAGCCCUUGAGCAGGCGAAGAAAGAUAAAGUAAAAGACAAGGCUUCGGGGAAAUCUAAGACGAAAGAAGCCAUCCCGCCCCCAGAGGAUCCUCCCGAACCUCCUCAGCCAGACCCGGAACCAGAGCCGGAGCCAGUGGAAGAACAGAAAGUUGCACGAGACUCGGUCCCCGGAAGCUUUCCUGACGCCUUUGACGACGACUUUGAAGACCCACCACCUCCUGCCCCAGAGCCUGAGCCCGAACCGGAACCAGAGCCCAAGCAGGAGUCCCCGCCACCAGCUGAGCCUGAGCCCGCAAUCACGUCGAAGAAAGCCAAGAAGAAGGAUAAAAAGAAAGGGAAGGUUGUCGAACCGGAACCGGAACCUGAACCAGUCCCUGAGCCGGCUCCAGAACCCCCACAGGAGCCCGAGCCCGAGCCCGAGCCCGAGCCCGCUCCGGCUCCAGUUUCCAAGGCGGAUAAGAAGAAAAAGAAGAAGGGUAAGCUCGGUGAGCCUGAACCGGAGCCUGAACCAGCACCGGCGCCAGACCCUGAGCCGGAGCCCGAGCCUGCUCCUGCAGAUGAGCCCCAACCGGAAGCGGAGCCAGAGCCAGAGCCAGAGCCCGCAGAACCACCCGCUCCCGAGCCCGAAAAGCCCAAGAAAAAGAGCAAGAAAAGCUCAACUUCAAGAGGCAUCAUGUCCUCUGCUGAUGCGCCGCCUGCGGAUGUGACCGCGGCUGACGCGCCCCCGGAGAAUGAUGCCGGUGGACCCCCGACACCACCACCCGAACCAGUUGCGCCUGAAAGAUCGGCCAAGAAGGAGCGUGCACGUGUCGAUCGAACGGCUGGUGCCACAUCCUGGGCGUUCUGGGGCGCUGGGGCUCCCCCGCCUAAGAAGUCUGGUCAUCGGGAAACCAGGCAUAGAAGGGAACAAUCACCGGGAGUGUCAAGAUCCAAAUCGACUAGACACGCCAGACCUCGGGAUCAUGAGCACGAUGUGGAGAAGUCAUCACCAUCUGAGAAGGACAAGCGCAGAGAAGCGAAACUCAACCGAGGAACGGCCUUCUCGAACUUCAUCCUUGGAGGCCCCCCUCCGCCUUCACGCACCAAAUCAAGCCGUCGAAACGGCCACUCAGCCUCAAAACAUACUUCUAGAGGCCCGUCAGUCGAUAUGGAUGACACUGGCAUUCCAUCACCCCCGCCAGAGGACCGACAGGAGAUGCCUGAUAAGGUAGCGCGGAUGAUGGGAGCAUCCGGAACAAAGCGAGAAAGGCCGCGUGGGACGCGGACGAAAUCAGGUGGUAUGUUCUUUGUACUAUAUUCAUGUUUGGACCUUGCUGAUGGUAAUUCUAUUUGCAGGUGCUCGUGA